GACAUAUGGUCACUCCAGGAGUUUGACGAGAGCUGAACAUGAAAGCAGAAUCUCCUAGUACUGUACGCCCAACUCCUCGCCUGACAACUUCGGGGCGUAACCGAGUGCCACGGAGCACUUUACGCACAGAUUCCGCCUACUACUAGUUUCUUUUCUCCUUAUACACCGUGACGUUGCCCAGUCGCUUCCCGACGAAUGUGCAUUUGCCAGACAUCCUUUCUCUCUUUUCGCUGAUCAUGGCGCGAAACUCGCUGCUCCGAGUCGACCCCAGCCACCCAUACCACUACCUCCGCGUGAUGUUGCUCGUCGUGCUCCUCUCUCCCGCCGCUGCAACCGACGGCCACACCGGCGGCCUAGUAACCGGGUCGCGAGUGUCGCAAGCCGCUGCCUCGGCGCUUGUCGCGGCGGGCCGUCGUCCGUCGGUCGCUCGGCGUCGCUUGGCAGCACCGGACCAGGGUGGCAUCAUGCUCGCACCCUCGCAAUUGCGAGUGCUACUGCUGCUUGCGCGGCGUUGGAAGCUGGGGGAGCCGAACCCAGAAGCGCUUUGCAGCACCUGGGAGGGAGUGGAGUGCAACCGGCACGGCAUGGUUACCACCUUGUGAGCUCAGCCAUGGGGACUGCUUCGUGCGGUGUCUGCUUGGUAGAGAAGCCGAUGAAGCUAGCCAGCUCACGCAGCAACCCCAGGGGCAGCUUGCAUGGCUCCAUAGUCUUCAACACUUGCUGCACUGCAAGAUUGCAUAUGUGUGCAAGGCAUCUGAAAAAGGGGAGCAACACAGGCGUAGGGUAAAGGUGGAGGGGGUUUUAGGUGCGUCAGGGGGAGGGAGGGGCAGACAAUAGGAAGUGUCUGACUGACUGAUAUUGGCAAGGAAAGGUUCGAGCACCACAAGCUGAACGCCGAGUAUGGUGAGUGUCGAAUCUCACCGGAUGUGAAGUCCCGUCUUGAAUAGAGGAGGAACACGCCCGCCAGCGCUGCCACAAGACAACCACCGCAUCGCCGCAGUGUUGGUAGCGGCGUUGUCCGUGGUCACUGCCAUCAGUCGCCCCUCUAGUCCCCAGUCGCGCGCUACAGCCUCCAGCACCUGCGAAAUCACCUGGGCCGUGUGGCUGGGCGGUAGUGCAACGAACUCAAGCAGUCCCUGCCUGAGGUCGAACUCUGCCGUGAGCCAAUGGGCUGUGACGGCCAUGUACCCACGACUGUUCUCCCCUGUCCAGAUGUCAGUGGUCAGGCUGAUCAUCCCGACUCCCUUGGCCUCCGCGAUCUCUUCCUUCAAUAUCGCACGCGCAAGAUCCGCAAGGCGGAUGCAGUCGCGCCCAACUGUGUGCCGCCCCGGGAUGACCCCAGGGUCGGCACAAAGGGGGUUGGCAGCUGCCAUCAUGCGGCGAAACUGUGGAGAAGGGCGGUGCAAGGAUACAGGACAGGGGCAUGGUAGCAUGCGUGAAAUUCGGGCGUCGCAUGUAUCCAUUGCCAUUUGGCACUUGGCCACACAAGAUGGAUUAAGUGCACGACACAUGACACAUAUCUGGCAUGGGCCAAGUACGCGCUGAGUUGAGGGUUGAGGGUUACCGAUGGGCGAUCUGUGGUGCUGAAGGCUGAGUCGGAGUCGACGAUGUACUCCACGAUCAUCUAAUGCAGAUAAUCCUUGUCCAUGCGUGCAGAGUAGUAUUUCUUCAUCCCCUUCUGUCCCCCUUCUCCCCCGACCUCCGGCGGCGGAUCCCCAGGCCACCAAGCCGAGUCUGGCCAUACCGCCUUCCCAUCGGGCACCUCGCCUGGCUCCCCAAAGCCCUUUUCGGGAAACACUUCAUCCGGGCCGAUUUCUUGAGCCUCCCACUUGCGCACCCAUAUAUUCGCUGAGCGUCACCAGCCCCCUUCCCGCACUGUUUGGCGCCACUUAUCCCUGCACACAUCAGGCCGCCACCCUUCCUCCCAGCCCCAUCACGCGCGGCCUCUCGCGCUUUCUCAAGGUCGGCCUCGGCGGCAGCAAGCUUAAAAUGACGCUGCUGCGUUGCCGUGGGCGCGGAUCCCCCGUCAUCCCCCUCCCCCUCUCCCUUUCUACCACCCCUCCCUUCCCCUCCGCCGCGGGCAGCAGCACCGCGGCCCCUCUUCUUCCCCCUCCCUCCACCACGUGUUGAGCGGCCCCCCAUUCCUCCCGGGCCUGGAGCUUGCUGGCUGUUGAACAGGCGUGCUUGCGCCCUACAGACCUAUUUGCCUCCCAAUGCUGUUUUUUGCAUCAGCAAAUCCCCCUAACACUAUCCCUAGUGUCGCCAAGUCAACAACCCCCCCCCAUGAAUCGAGUUUAAGCUAAC